GGCUGGAGGGAGCUGUGUCCUGACCCCCCGCUCCCCACGUUAGUCCAGUCCUCCCGGGGAACGCUGCCUGUCUGGAGCGAGGCAGGGACCAGGCAUGUGGGGCUGGGUGAAGGCGCCAUGUGUCUGGGGUAGGGGGUGGUUGGCUGGGUGGGGUGGCUGGAGGAGCCCCAUGGGUGGGUUUCCUUCCCCGGCAUCCCCAGCCCAGGGGCAUUCACACUCACCCCCAUCUUUGUGUUUGCAGACAGGAUGGAGCAGACAGCAGGGGGGCCGGCCUCCCCCACCACGAGGACUCUGUGUCAAAGGCCCAGGGAGGGGGCGCUGUGGGGUGCCCUCGCCAUCCUGUCGCUGCUGAGCGGCGUGGCCACGGGAACCCCGCACACCUGGCACCGCAACACGACCCUGGGGGCUGCACCCACUGCGGGCGGCGUGGGCACCGCCAGCCCCGGAGCAGAGGACAGCCUGGAGGCACCGCUCGCCGCAGCCUGGAGCCACCUCUCCGGGGACAAUGUGACGGCAGCGGGGCCCGGGGAGGGGGAGCUGGCCAAGGACCUGCUACUCCGGGCCGAGCGCUCGCCCCUGGGCCCCGCCAAAGGCAAGAAAGCAGGCCGGCGCAGGGACGGCCCCAACUGUACCGUCCGCAGGCUGAUGGUGAAGGUGCGCGACCUGGGGCUGGGCUUCGACUCGGACGAGAUCGUGCCCUUCAAGUACUGCAGCGGGUCCUGCCACCGCAGCCGCAGCAACUACGACCUGACGCUGGCCACCCUGCUGCAGGAGAAGGCCAUCAAGCCGGGCCCGCCGGGCCACGUGGCCAGCCAUCCCUGCUGCCGGCCCACCCGCUACGAAGCCGUCUCCUUCAUGAACGUGCAAAACACCUGGCAGACGGUGGAGAAGCUCUCUGCGGCUGAGUGCAAGUGCAUCGGCUGACUGGGCUGCAGGCUCGGUGCCCACUCGAAGCUCACGGCACUGCCCGCCUGGCGCUGCCCAGACUCGGGGCCCCGUGGCACAUGGAGAGCGGUGGGGAGAUGCGAAGGCUGCAGCGGUGCCAAACCUCCCAGAGGAGCGGCUCAGCGGAGAGACGAGAGUUCACCCUGCCCCAGGCGCGUGGAGAAGAGCUCCUUGUGCUGAGACCGGGGGGGAGCGGGACCCCCAGCGUGGGGCUGGUGGCAGUAGGGCGAGUCUCGUGGCUUGGGCUGAACACCGCCCCUCCCUCCCCGGUCACUGGCCGCCUGCCAGCUGGUGCUGCCGUUGGGGACCUAGGAGUUUGCCGAGCAUUGGCAGGUAGCCCGCCAGCCGGGCCCUGCUCGCUGCUCUGCCAUGUUCACUCAGCAGCCUCUGAGCUGCCCGCUCCAGUGCCAAACAGCCAGCCUCGCCUGCCUGGCACGGCCUGCCCAGCCCUCCCCGGAGUGCCAGCUGCAGGGCUGGCGUCUGCUCCGGUCCUAGCUCAACAACGGGCUGCCCAGGCUGGUGGCUGGUAACCUGAGCGCAUCUGUUGCGGAGUCAGAUGUGUAAGAACCAGGCAGCCCCUGUGUGUACUCUCCUGGCCCAGCUGCACCCCCUAGCAUCAGGGGCAGAGCUGCCAGGCUGGGCCCUGGGCCGCAUGGG